AUGCGUCGUUCCUCCACUUCCACGAGCUCCAUGCCCCCAAGGCAAAGGUGGAGCGUCCGCCAGCGCAGGUCGAAACCCGUUUCGGCACACGGCAAUCCGAAGAAACCGGCUAGCAGUCAUCGAGGCAGCCCCACCACGCCCCUUUCGUGGAGCGGCGCCACCUCCUUCAGCGGCGGAGGAGCCGGCUCGGAGGAGUCUAGCCGCACGACGCCCAUCAAACCCUCCACCACCUCGAGAUCUAAGGUCAACAUUGAUGGUGAGAAAACCGACUCCAAGAAGUCACGAAGAAGGAAGACCCUGGCAGAACUCAAAAUCGAAGAGAACUCGCUGGUGAAGGAAAGAAAAAAUUUGAAAAGGGAAAUGGCAACCUUACGUUUGUAUUUGGAGAGACAAAGGGCCACAAAUGGAAAUUUGAAGAGAAUGAAGGUUGAAUUGCAAACCCGUUUAGAUGAAGUAUCGAAAUCUGCAGCCGUAGAAUCAACUGUCAGUAACAUUGCACAAGAAUCAUUGACAUCAAAUCCAUGCUCUGAAGCAAAAACUGAUUCGAAAUUCGUUCUUCCCGACCUAAAUAUGCCAUUUGACGAUCCCGAGCUGUGA